CGCCAGGUCCUGAGCCUGGGGCUGCCCUGGGGCGACGCGACGGUGGAGAGGAACAUGCCGCCCUUAAAGUUCUAUCACGACUUCCACUCUGAGAUCUCCCAGUACACCAUUGUGUGGGGGCCCUGCUGGGACCCGGCCUGGACCUUGAUCGGCCAGUGUGUGGAUCUCCUCACCAAGCCCUCCGAGGACCCCAGUGCACCAUUGCCCUGGUGGGACAAGAGCCGCCUUCUCUUCCAUGGGGACUGGCACAUGGACAUCGAACAGGCCAAUCUGCACCAGUUGGCCACUGAGGACCCCUACAACACCACGGAGAACAUGCACUGGGAAUGGAGCCACCUCUCCUUCCACUGGAAACCCGGGCAGUUCAUCUUCAAGGGCAACCUGGACAUCAACGUCCGGACAGCCUCCAAGUAUGACGACUGCUGCUUCCUGCACCUGCCUGACCUGUGUAUGACGCUGGACCUGCAGUGGCUGUGCCACGGGAACCCCCACGACCACCACGGCGUGGUGCUGCGCUCCCCCGAGUUCCUGCCCGAGGUGCCGGUGGGGCAGCAGUACGACUCCUACCGUGCCUUCCGCUCCGAGAACCUCAACCUCUCCAUCCGCAUGGACCUCACGCGGCCCAGCGAGGAGCACUCCCAGCCCAGGAUCCUGCUCUACAGCAGCACCCUCCGCUGGAUGCAGAACUUCUGGGCCACGUGGACCAGCGUGACACGCCCCAUCUGCCGUGGGAAGCUCUUCAACAACAUGAAGCCCAGCAAGAAGAAGCUGGGGCAGCACUACAAGCAGUUGUCAUACACGGCGCUCUUCCCCCGGCUGCAGGUGCAUUACUGGGCCUCCUUCGCCCAGCAGCGGGGGAUCCAGGUGGAGUGCUGCCAGGGGCACAUCUUCACUCGUGGCACCCAGCGGCUUAUCCCCCAAGCUGGCACAGUGAUGCGACGCCUCAUUUCGGAGUGGAGCAUCACGCAGAUGGUGAGCGACCUCAGCCAGGUCACCGUGCACCUCAUGGCCUCCACCUGCGACGAGAACGCCGACCACCGGCUCGACACCCUGGUGAAGAAAACCCAUCUGCUGAGCCUGUCCUCCCUCACCUACCAGCGGCACAGCAACCGCACGGCUGAGGAGGAGCUGCCCCUGCGGGAUGGGGACGAUGGUUUCCACACGCACCAGCUGCACCUGGUGGACCUGCGGGCGUCCUGGACCACCACCAACCGGGACAUCGCCUUCGGCCUCUACGAUGGCUACAAGAAAGCAGCCGUGCUCAAGCGCAACCUGUCCACCGAGGCCCUGAAGGGGCUGAAGAUUGACACGCAGCUCCAAGCCAAGAAGCUGAAGCGGGGCCCGCUCUCUGCUCACUCUGUCCCUGCCCGAGUGACUGCUCCCAUCACCAGCGGCCGUCCUGAGAGAGCCUCCUCGGGGGGGGCCUACAUGCUGCAGAAGCUCAUUGAGGAGACGGACAAGUUCGUGGUGUUCACGGAGGAGGAGUCGGGGCCUAGCGAGCAGCUCUGUGGCAUCGCCGCCUGCCAGACCGACGACAUCUACAACCGCAACUGCCUCAUCGAGCUGGUCAACUGCCAGAUGGUGCUGCGCGGUGCGGAGACAGAGGGCUGCGUGAUCGUGUCCGCCGCCAAGGCCCAGCUGCUGCAGUGCCAGCACCACCCCGCCUGGUAUGGGGACACGCUGAAGCAGAAGACCUCCUGGACCUGCUUGCUGGAUGGCAUGCAGUACUUCGCCACGACGGAGAGCGGCCCCACCGAGAGGGAGCACGGGCAGCUCUGGCUGGAGGUGAAAAAUAUUGAGGAGCAUCGACAGCGGAGCCUGGACUCAGUGCAGGAGCUGAUGGAGAGCGGGCAGGCGGUGGGGGGCAUGGUCAGCACCACCACAGACUGGAACCAGCCCUCGGAAGCCCAGCAGACCCAGCAGGUGCAGAGGAUCAUCUCUCGCUGCAGCUGCCGCAUGUACUAUAUCAGCUACAGCCACGACAUCGACCCUGAGCUGGCCACGCAGAUAAAGCCCCCUGAGACUCCCGCCAACCAGGAGAAGGAGGAUCUGCUGAAGAAGCAGGAGGGAGCUGUAGAUACAUUCACACUGAUCCACCAUGACCUGGAGAUCUCCACCAACCCUGCACAGUAUGCCAUGAUCCUUGACAUAGUCAACAACCUGCUGCUGCACGUGGAGCCCAAACGGAAGGAGCACAGUGAGAAGAAACAGCGGGUGCGCUUCCAGCUGGAAAUGUCCAGCAACCCCGAGGAGCAGCGCAGCAGCAUCCUGCACCUGCAAGAGGCUGUGAGGCAGCACGUCGCCCAGAUCCGGCAGCUGGAGAAGCAGAUGUACUCCAACGUGAAGUCCCUGCAGGAUGACAGCAAAAACGAGACCCUACUCGACCUCAACCACAGGCUGCAGCAGCAGCUGAGCCAGGAGAAAGCUGACCUGCAGCUGGAGAGUGAAGAGCUGAACAUACUGAUCAGGUGCUUCAAGGACUUCCAGCUGCAGCGAGCCAACAAGAUGGAGCUGCGGAAGCAGCCGGAGGACGUGAGCGUGGCACGGAGGACCGAGUUCUACUUCGCCCAGGCACGCUGGCGCCUGACCGAGGAGGACGGGCAGCUGGGCAUCGCCGAGCUGGAGCUCCAGCGCUUCCUCUACAGCAAGGUCAACAAGUCUGACGACACGGCCGAGCAUCUGCUGGAGCUGGGCUGGGUCACGAUGAACAACCUCCUGCCCAACGCUGUGUACAAGGUGGUGCUGCGUCCCCAGAGCUCCUGCCAGUCUGGACGGCAGCUGGCACUAAGGAUUUUCAGCAAGGUCCGGCCACCCGUGGGAGGCAUCUCCAUCAAGGAGCACUUUGAGGUGAACGUGGUACCCCUCACCAUCCAGCUCACCCACCAGUUCUUCCACAGGAUGAUGGGUUUCUUCUUCCCUGGGCGCAACGUGGAGGAGGAGGAGGUGGGGGAUGAGGAAGACAAAUCUAAGCUGGUCACGACAGGGAUCCCCGUGGUGAAGCCGCGGCAGCUGAUCGUGGCCGAUGACUCGCUGGGCCCAGGGAAGGGAGUCGCUCAGGGACUGAAUCGGACGUCAGGGGUCAGAAGAUCAUUUCGAAAAGCACCCGAGCAUCCUGUGGAUGACAUCGACAAGAUGAAGGAGCGUGCAGCCAUGAACAACUCCUUCAUCUACAUCAAGAUCCCACAGGUGCCACUCUGCGUCAGCUACAAGGGGGAGAAAAACAGCGUGGACUGGGGCGACCUGAACCUGGUGCUGCCGUGCCUGGAGUACCACAACAACACGUGGACGUGGCUGGACUUUGCCAUGGCAGUGAAGAGGGACAGCCGCAAAGCCUUGGUGGCACAGGUGAUUAAGGAGAAGCUACGCCUGAAGCCUGCGGCGGGCGCGGAGGCCAGGGGGAAGCUGGAGAACAAAUCUGACGGGGCCAUCCAGCAGCAGGAGGAGGACGAGAAGGCGCGUCUGCUCAUCGGGCUGAGCGUGGGCGAGAAGAACCCCAGCAAGAAGUCGAUCUUCGGCAGGCGCAAAUGACGGCAGCAC